GGAAUAAGGGUGGGGAAACCGUGCCGGUGUGUUAGCAGGGAACAUGACAGACUCGGCGAAUGGAGCGACACCAGAGCCGGUGGACGGAAUCAAGCGGCCUCAGUUCGGUACUCGGUUCCUCACAGACCCGCGGGAAGUGUUUCAGCACAACGCCUGGGAUAACGUUCAGUGGUCUGAAGAGCAGGAAAAUGCUGCCCGGAGAAAAGUGCAGGAGAACAGUGAACCUCUUCCAGCAGAGAAACAAGAUGAUUUUGAGAAUAGAGCCAAUGAGUACUGGAACGACUUCUACGGCAUCCACGAGAACCGCUUCUUUAAAGAUCGCCACUGGCUCUUCACUGAGUUCCCCGAGCUCGGCCCUCAGCGUUCCCAGAGUACAGGAGGAGAAGCGGCGUCUGAUGAGGAUCUCGUCCAGACCACGGUGAAGCUGGAACUGAAUGGUGAAGAGACACAAUCUGCUGUCAACAAAGAAGCAGCAGCGUUUCCCGGAGCUUCAGCCUCCUACCGCAUUCUGGAGGUAGGCUGUGGAGUUGGCAAUACAGUCUUUCCCAUUCUCAAGACAAACAAUGAUCCAGGUCUUUUUGUGUACUGCUGCGAUUUCUCCAGCACAGCUAUUGACCUCGUCAAGUCGAACCCGGAGUACAACCCAUUCCGAUGUCACGCCUUUGUCCACGACCUGAGCGACGUCACAGCUGCCUAUCCAGUGCCAGAGCAGAGCCUCGAUGUCAUUGUUCUCAUAUUUGUCCUCUCUGCUCUCCACCCUGAAAAGAUGCAAAGCUCCAUUAGUAAGCUGGCUAGUUUGCUCAAACCCGGUGGAGUUUUGUUACUGCGGGACUAUGGACGCUACGACUUGGCCCAGCUUCGCUUCAAAAAGGGGAGGUGUUUAUCUGAAAAUUUCUAUGUCAGAGGAGACGGAACACGGGUCUAUUUUUUCACCCAAGAAGAGCUACAUGAUAUGUUCUGUGAAGCUGGUCUUGAGAAGGUGCAGAAUUUGGUGGACAGGAGACUGCAGGUGAACCGGGGGAAACAGCUGACCAUGUACAGAGUCUGGGUGCAGUGUAAAUACCGCAAAAACACAAAGCCUCUGCAACCUGCACCGCGGGACUGAGACAGGAAAAGCAGGGAAAUCCACAGAAAACGAAUAGACACUGGGUGGAGAGAUGGAGCUUUUGAUUUAUAAGUGAUGAGAAAUUUGAACAUGUUGGAAAUGCUUUUAAAUGUUUUUAAACAUUUAUAUUGUAAAAAAUUAAAGAUGACCUGUUUUAGUAAA